UCUGCUUCUUCUUCUUCUUUUCGGCAUAGGAGAGAACCUAUUGAGUGUUUUUGUCUUUUUUCGGGCUUGCACUUUGUGGACGGUCCCUGCACAUCUCGCUCGGCUCGGCUCCACUCGACUCGGCUCGGCUCGGCUCGACUCGGAGGAAUACGCGGCUCCCGUCCAACACACGAUGCCUGUUUUUAUCUCAACACUGUGAUGGAGCUGCGAAUGGGAGUUGUUUUCUUUCUCAUAGUAGUGAGCUCAUCUGCUGCUGAGAAAGUGAAGAAGUACCUGACGGGCACUGAAGGAGGAAACAUCACUCUACCAGACCCGGUGCUGGAGUUUGGAUUUCUUUUAUUUGGAGGAAAAAAUAUUGCUAUGGUGAAGGGAAUUGACUUUGAUAUAAUAGAUGAAAGUUACAGACACCGAGUUCUCUGGAACCAAAACACUGGACUCUUCACACUCACAGGACUACAGAGGAAUGACACAGGGGAAUAUAUUAUUGAUAACAAAGGAGGAGUUUCCUUUAUAUGUCAAUAUGAACUCACAGUACAUGCGACCGUCCCGACACCUGCAGUGAACAGACUGAGCGUGAGUGCUGACAGCUGCACCCUGCUGUGUUUCGUGGACCCAGAAGAAGAGACGACUCUGCUGUGGUACAGACAUGAGGAGAUAGUGAAUCAGAGCAGCCAUGCUGUCUCUCUGCCGCUCACUGUACACAAGGAGAAUUACAACUCUACAUAUAAAUGUGCAGCUGCAAACCCGGUGGAAGAGAAGGAUGUCCCUGUCGACGUUCAGUCAUUCUGCAGUGAACAAAACCACACAGUCAGCAACCGGAGACAUUAUAGGAUCGCAAUUACAAUCACCAUUGUAUCUAUUGUGAUAGUUAUACUUGCUUUCUUUAUCAUCAAGAAGACGUUUCUUGACAAAGUCAAGACAACCACACAAGCACCAGAUUCAGUGAACAUAGAACAAGAAGUUCAAUAUACUGAAAUACAAAUACAUGCAGCGCAGCCCAGUCAGGAAGGAAGUUUACCCGACUCCCCGGCAGCUGUCGACUGCUCUCGGCUAACUUCAGUCUAUGAUAAAAUCGAGCCGUAUCGCAUGGUUCCAAGGCCCGCAGCCGCCACUGAGGAGCUUUGAGAGCAAACAGCGGACUUCCCACAUUCAGUGUGUGAACCUCCUCAAAUCACUGAACUGUUGUUCGUCAUCAAGAAGAGUGUUUUUUAGAUAAACUCAAAAGUCCAUCAGUUACCUGGGCUGAGACAAACACCAUAUGCACACUCACUUAACUCAAUGUGCCUCCCCACAAUAAGAUGGACUGAUGUUUUAAUCUCAUGGGUUCAGUCAGCGUGGAGAGUCAGUUUGCAUGAGUUGGACUGUUUGUAGGCAAUCAAAAGGAUCGUAAUAUUUUGAUAAUUUUGUAUUAAGGUUAUUGUUCUGUUUUAACUUGCCUCCUUUUGUCUAGCUUUUGCUGUGAUGGAUUUGUUGUUUUGUUUGUUCAUCUCUCAUUAUUAAUAUGGAUACUUUCACAUGUCAAGGACAGACGAUUUCAAACUGAACUGUGCCUUCAUCCUCAUAAAGACUGAUAGGGGAGCGGUGCACAGGUUCUCCACAGUUGUAUUGUAUAGUCUCACUCCUCAUUAUCAUAAUUAUUUUAAUCCUUUUGUUUAUUUCUGUUUUCACUUGUUUUAUAUAAUUUAUAUAUUUUAUAAUAUAAUUUGGACUUGGAUUUUCUUUGUGAACUCGUUAGUUGUUGUGGAUUCCCUGGAUGCAUUUUUUCUUGUGUAUGUGUUGCAUUAGUUUCUUGAUCCCUUGUUGUGGGUUCCUGUUUUAUUCUGUAGUUUUCCAUGUGUCUAGGUGUCAGUUAAGAUACCUUUGUUAUCCCCUGUGUUUGUUUAUUUUGCAAUUCUUUAAAAGUAGUAUUUGUGUUGAUAACCUUGCAGCUAGGUGCAACUGAUACUGUACUGUAAAAUGGUUUAAUAAAGAGGAAGAGAGAGGGAAGAUAA